AGCCUGCGCUGCUGUUUCCGCUCUCUUCUGCUUCUGCCUGUCAUAUCCCAGAAUCCUCUGCGCCACAGAAUAGUGUCCAGUCAUUGUGGUUCAGCUCGGUUCGGUUUCAUCCACCCAGACACAGCAUGAAGGAGACCGCGGCCAAACGACGCGACAAGGCGGGAGGCCGGGACCGGGACUCGAAGGCAGAGAAGCCAAAGGAGCCGAAGGAGGUGGGCCCAGAGCCGCAGGACGUGGAGAUGCCUGAAGAGGAGGCGGCUAAUGCGGCCAAACAGCCAAAGGAGCAGGACAGCCUGACCCUGGACGGUCCACAAGCUGCUGAUCGUGGUGGAGCUGCUGCUGGGAGAGAUUCCCGACCGCCUGCAGUUCAGACAGCCGUCACUCAAACGCUCCCUGAUGCCCUACUUCCUGCUCACACAGGCUGUGAGGACAGGUAACCUGGCCAAGUUUAACCAGGUGUUGGAGCAGUUUGGAGAGAAGUUUCAGGCCGACGGGACGUACACGCUCAUCAUCCGCCUGAGACACAACGUCAUCAAGACCGGUGUGCGUAUGAUCAGCCUCUCGUACUCUCGGAUCUCCCUCGCCGACAUCGCUCAGAAGCUGCAGCUCGACAGUCCUGAGGACGCCGAGUUCAUCGUUGCCAAGGCGAUCCGUGACGGCGUGAUCGAGGCCAGCAUCAACCACGAGAAAGGCUUCGUCCAGUCCAAGGAGACCAUGGACAUCUACGGGACCCGAGAGCCUCAGCUGGCGUUCCACCAGAGGAUCUCCUUCUGCCUCGACAUCCACAACAUGUCGGUCAAGGCCAUGAGGUUUCCUCCCAAAGCGUACAACAAGGACCUGGAGUCUGCAGAGGAGCGUCGGGAACGCGAGCAGCAGGAUCUGGAGUUUGCUAAAGAAAUGGCUGAAGAUGACGAUGACAGCUUCCCAUGAGCCUCUCUGUUCACUUCCUCUGUGUGCGUGUGUGUGCGUGUGUGUGCUGAUGUUACCACGUCAGUUAUUACCCAGAAUCCCCCUCUGCUCUUGUUUUCUCCCAUGGCAGCGUUGCUGCUGUUUGUUUCUCUCUGAUAAAUAAAUUUUUUUUGUUUACA